AUGUUGGACUGGGGAAAGUCUACAGCCGCCACAGCUACAAUUAUGAUAAUGGGUGAUACGUGUACUAGAGGUUGUCGGUUUUGUUCUGUUAAAACUUCAUCAAAUCCACCACCUCUUGAUCCAGACGAACCAGUAAAUACUGCAGAAGCCAUAAGCAAAUGGGAUGUAGACUAUAUUGUCAUAACAUCAGUUGAUCGUGAUGACUUGGGAGAUGGAGGGGCUCGACACAUAUCUAAAACAAUUCGCCAAAUAAAAGCACGUAAACCAUCAAUUAUAGUUGAGUGCUUAGUACCAGACUUUCAAGGGUGUACAGACUCUAUUCAUACAGUUGUUCGUGCUAGUCCCGAAGUAUAUGCGCAUAAUAUUGAAACUGUGGAGUCACUACAACGUGUUGUGAGGGAUCACCGAGCUGGUUAUACUCAGUCACUUCGAAACCUAGAGACUGCAAAAGAACGUAGUAACAGGCUUGUAUCAUCCGGAAAUUCCGAUUUUCUUGUCGUCACAAAAUCCAGUAUUAUGUUGGGUCUUGGCGAGACAGAAAAAGAAGUAAUGAUAGCUCUUAAAGACUUACGUCAGGCUGGAGUCGACUGUGUAACAAUUGGGCAAUAUGUACAACCAACUAAGCGUCAUCUAAAAGUUAAAGAAUAUAUUCAUCCAGAUAAAUUUGAUUAUUGGGCGAAAAUUGGCAAAGAUUUGGGUUUUUUAUAUACAGCUAGUGGACCAUUAGUUCGAUCAUCAUAUCGAGCAGGUGAAUAUUAUAUAAAACACAUUAUAGAUCAACGUAAACAAAAAAACGUAUGA